CUCGCGACAGGGAACUCGUGAGACUGAGGAAGAGAUCAAUAAACGAAACACCAGCAUGAAGACAUGACCAUAGCCGACUUUUCCCAAUGUAGUCUGAGUUUGUUUUGCGUUGUAUAUGUGUAAAGUGUUGCCGUUUUAAAAAUGCCAGAGUCAUGGCUGUUCCCAACAGUCUUAUUAUGUUUGUACGGCUUUUUCUCGAACUGCCGACCUUUGGAACCUUUCCUGACGGCUUUUCUCCUGGGACCAGAUAAGAACCUCACCGAAACGCAGGUUAUAAAUGAAAUCUACCCAUUUUGGACCUACUCUUAUCUGGUACUACUUAUCCCAGCCUUCCUGGCAACCGACUACCUUCGCUACAAGCCCCUGCUCAUUCUUCAGGCUGGAAGCUUUAUUGUAACCUACGCCAUGAUUGUGAAGGUACAGAGUGUAACGGCCAUGCAGUUGCUGGAGUUCUUCUUUGGGCUUGCCACAGCGACAGACAUUGCUUACUACUCCUACAUCUACAGUGUGGUGGACCAGGCCCAUUACCAGAAGGUGACCGGGUUCUGCCGGAGCAUAACACUUCUGGGCUCCUCCAUCGGUUCUCUGCUGGGACAGGUGCUGGUGUCUGCUGCCCAGGUCCCUUUGCAGUAUUUGGGCAUCAUCACACUGUCAUUUGCCUGCAUUGCCUUCUUGACUCCCUGGUUCCUGCCUAUGCCAGCAAAAAGUCUUUUCUUCCACCACAAGGACCUCCACAAGCAGGAGAAUGGAAGCUCGGCGUCCCCCACAGAGUCUGAAGGGGACAGCCUGGAAUGCAAGGUGCCGCUGAAUUCCGAGGAUCACGGGGGCCGUGAUGAGAAGCGCCGCAGCGGUCUGGCGGAGGUGCUGCGUCUGCUGUGGGUGGACUUCCUGCAGAGCUACUCCAGCAGCACGCUCCUCUCCUGGUCGCUCUGGUGGGCCCUCUCCACCUGCGGCUACUUCCAGGUCGUCAACUACGUGCAGCCGCUCUGGGAGAAGAUCCUGCCCUCCAAAGAGUUCCAAAUUUACAACGGCUACGUGGAGACCAUUUCCACCUUAUUGGGUAAGUCAAAUAUAAGGAUGGUAACAUUUUAAUUUGGGGCCCUGCCGCGGCCAAACGGUAGGGCGCUCGUCCACCGCACGGCUG